UUUUUAUAGAACAGAAAUUUAAAAGAAAAAAAUUUUAAUAUUUAUGCGGUGCAGAAAUCGGAGAAAAAAUGUCUAAAUCUCGAAAGGAACGUGAUAUUUUCCGACCAUUUACCCAUAAAUCGUUGGAUGCUAUCAAAACAACAAAUGAAGAAAAUGGGAUUCAAAAUGAGGAUGAAACUCUUCAACCAAAUCAGAUGUAUGAGCAGUUCUCACCACUUCCGUUAAAGUUACGAGAAAGUUUUCCAUCAAAACUCACCGCUACUCCACUUGAAGAAAUCGACCCUUAUUAUAGGGACCAAAAAACAUUUGUAGUGAUCAAUAACCGCAAGGAUAUAUUUAGAUUUUCUGCAACAAAUGCUCUUUGGAUAUUUAGCCCUUUAAAUCCGAUUCGUAAACUAGCCAUCAAUGUUCUUGUACAUCCGCUGUUUUCUUUGUUCAUUUUCGUAACUAUCUUGGUUAAUUGCUUGUUUAUGAUAAUGCCUCUUACACCCACUAUUGAGUCAACUGAAGUAAUAUUUAUUGGCAUCUACACAUUUGAAGCUGCAAUUAAAAUUGCGUCCAGAGGUUUUAUUCUUCAACCAUUUACCUAUCUUAGAGAUCCUUGGAAUUGGUUGGACUUUAUAAUCAUAAUUUUAGCUUACAUUACUUUGGGUAUAGAUCUUGGAAAUCCCGCAAUUUUGAGGGCAUUCAGAGUUCUAAGAGCUCUCAAAACCGUUGCAAUCGUUCCAGGCUUAAAAACUGUGGCAAGCGCAGUACUCGAAUCAGUGAAAAAUCUCAAAGAUGUAAUUAUUUUAAUGAUCUUUUCUUUAUGUGUAUUUGCUGUAUUGGGUCUUCAAAUUUACAUGGGUGUAUUAACUCAAAAGUGUAUUAAAAUAUUUCCCUCUGAUGAGUCUUGGGGAAAAUUGACCGAUGAGAAUUGGUUCAUCAGAGAAUUCACCAAUAACGAAACAAAUUGGUACUUUGAUGGUUGGGAUUAUUCUUUAUGCGGAAAUUCCUCAGGUGCGGGACAAUGUCCCGAAGGUUAUGUUUGCUUGCAAGGUUUUGGAAAUAAUCCAAAUUACGGUUACACGAAUUUCGAUACGUUUGGGUGGGCUUUUCUAUCAGCGUUUCGAUUAAUGACUCUGGACUAUUGGGAAGAUUUAUAUCAAAUGGUUUUACGUUCCGCGGGACCGUGGCACAUAUUAUUUUUCAUAAUGAUUAUUUUUUUCGGAUCGUGUUAUUUGAUCAACUUGAUUUUAGCUGUAGUGGUGGCAACUUAUGAUAAGUUACAGAAAAAAGAGGAAACAAGCGAGGAGGAGACCAGCAAAUCUUCUUCCGAAUUAACAAACGAUGAGGAGCAGGAUGUUGAGUUGAAAAAUGUUAUGGUUAUUAAUGUCACUAAAGAAAACGUUGAUGAAACUAAUCAAGGAGGUAAUGAUGAUGAUAAAGGUAUCAUAGAAAUAAACGAUUCACUUUCGAAGCAAAUAAUUGAUUACCUUUGUGUAUGGGAUUGUUGCUCAUGCUGGGUACAACUGCAGAAAAUCCUUUCCGUUAUUGUCUUUAAUCCGUUCUUCGAAACUUUUAUUAUGUUGUGUAUUAUUUUAAACACGCUUUUUAUGGCACUCGAUCAUCACGAUAUGAGCAGAGCUCUAGAGACGACCUUAAGACUUGGAAAUUAUAUUUUCAUCGCAAUUUAUACGAUUGAGGCCAUCAUAAAAUUGAUGGCUAUGUCACCGAAGUACUAUUUUCAAAAAGCAUGGAACAUUUUUGAUUUUACCAUAGUAGUUUUGUCACUGUUGGAAAUGAUGUUGGAAGGUGUACAAGGAUUAUCUGUUUUGAGAGCAUUUCGAUUGCUUCGUAUUUUACGAUUAGCAAAAUCUUGGCCAACAUUCAACUUGUUAUUAUCAAUUAUGGGCAAAACUAUGGGUGCUGUUGGAAACUUAACCUUCAUAUUGUGCAUUGUUAUUUUUAUAUUUGCCGUGAUGGGUAUGCAAUUGUUUGGACGAAACUACAUAGACAACGUUGAUAGAUUCCCAAACGAAGAACUUCCAAGAUGGAAUUUCACAGAUUUCCUCCAUUCCUUCAUGAUUGUUUUCCGCGCGUUAUGUGGGGAAUGGAUCGAAUCUAUGUGGGAUUGUAUGUUGGUGGGAGAUGUAUCUUGCAUUCUAUUUUUCGUGGCAACUGUGGUAAUUGGUAAUUUUGUGGUUAUAAAUCUUUUUAUUGCUUUGCUUGUAAGUAAUUUUAGCUCGAAUUUUUUGUCGGCACCAACACCAAACGAUGAUACCAAAAAGAUUCAAUUAUUACCUAAACCCCGAGAUUCAUCUUCUUGGAGCAAGCUUCAACACAAUUUUCUCCAAUUAAUUGAAAACAAAUAUUUUGAAAUUUUCAUCACCACUAUAAUUUUAAUAAGCUGUUUAACAUUAACAUUAGAAGACAUCAAAUUAUCUCAAAGGCCCGUUUUGCAAAUCGUUUUAUUUUACAUCCAUACAAUAAUCGCAGCUAUAUUUGUUAUUGAAAUGUUGAUGAAAUGGUUGGGAGUGGGAUUAAAAAAUUAUUUUACGAACCCUUGGUGUUGGGUUGAUUUUAUCGUUGUUAUUGUGUCGUUAAUCAAUUUUAUAGCAACAUUAUGUGGUGGUGGUGUUCAAUUCGUCAAAUUAAUUCGACUUUUUAGAGCUUUAUACCCACUCCGGGCUAUAUCUCAAAUAAAACGCAUAAAAGUCGUUGUCACCACCUUAAUCCAAACGCUCCCUUCUAUUUUUAGCGUGUUAUUGGUAUGUUUGAUAUUCUGGCUGAUUUUUGCUAUUAUGGGAGUUCAAUUAUUUGCUGGAAAAUAUUUCAAAUGUGUUGAUGAAUACGAAACAACAUUUAACUACGAAAUUAUCCCCGAUUACAAUGCUUGCAUUACUCAGAAUUAUACUUGGGUUAAUUCUCGGAUGAAUUUCGAUCACGUGGGGAACGCAUACCUUUCCCUGUUUCAAGUAGCAACCUUCAAAGGUUGGAUUCAGAUCAUGAACGAUGCAAUUGACUCAAGAGAAUUGUUCAAACAACCGAUUAGAGAAACUAAUAUUUAUAUGUAUUUGUAUUUUAUCUUUUUCAUUCUUUUUGGCAAAUUCCUAACUAUGAAUUUAUUCAUUGGAGUCCUCAUCAAUAAUUACAAUCAGGCGAAAACGCCGCUUGAUAAAUUUAUGACUGAUAAACAAAAAAAGUAUUACAAUGACUCAAAGAUAAUGGGAUUUAGGAAACCAGCAAAAGUUAUUCCUGCACCAACGUGGGGCCCACAAAAAGCUUUCUUUAAAAUAGUAACAAACAAAAAGUUCGAUAUGGUUAUUCUAAUAUUAAUUGUUUUGAACAUGUUAACGAUGAGCAUCGACCACUACCAACAGAACGAAACAUAUGCUCAAAUCCUCGAUUAUCUAAACAUAAUUUUUAUAAUAAUUUUUACUAUUGAGUGCAUCAUAAAACUUUUUGCUCUACGUCAUCACUAUUUUAAGGACUCUUGGAACGUGUUCGAUUUUGUCGUGGUCGUUUUAUCUAUAUUGGGUUUGGUACUCACUGAUAUUAUCGAAAAAUAUUUCGUAUCCCCCACUUUACUCCGAAUCAUUCGAAUAAUCAAAUUAGACCGUUUACGAUUUUUAAAUGGAACGAAAGGGAUUCGAUUUCUUCUUUCCAUCUUAACCAUGUCGUUCCCAGCACUCUUCAACAUCUUCUUGGUACUAUUUUUGAUCAUGUUCAUCUUCGCAAUAUUCGGAAUGUCGUUCUUUAUGCACGUGAAUGGACUCAACGAUGUCUAUAACUUCCAGACUUUCGGGCAAUCCAUGAUUUUGCUAUUUCAAUUAUGUACAUCUGCCGGAUGGGACGGCAUCCUCAAUGACAUCACCAACGAGGAAGAGUACACAACGAUAGCCGUAAUAUUCUUGUUAAGCUACUUAUUGAUUUCAUUCUUAAUCGUGAUCAAUAUCUGCGUUGUUAUAAUUAUGGAGAAUUUUUCGCAAACGAAAAAUGAUUUAGAAAUACUUACGGAUAAAGAUUACGACAUGUACUUUGAAAUUUGGCAGCAAUUUGAUCCUAAUGCAACAUGCUACAUUCGUCAUGACCAACUUUCGGAUUUUUUGGAUGCACUCGAGGCUCCAUUAAGAAUCCCGAAGCCUAAUAAGGUAAAGAUAACAGAAAUGGACUUUCCAAUGCACAAAGAUGAUACGUUAUUAUGCGCAAAUAUUUUGCGAGCUCUUAAAGAUAAUUUAUGCAACGAAUCGAAACCACACGCUUCAAAUCAUGGUCAAAGCAGUUUUAAUUCUAUUGUCACAAAUGAAGGGGGAUAGAUUUUGCAAAACUUUGUUAUUGCUUCAAAGAAUACUAAUAGUCAUAAUGUAUAACAAAGAUGAUAUAAUAUUUUUUUACUAAUUUUUUUUGUAUCCAAGCUUUCUGAAAGAAUAAAAUGAUGUUGCUUU